AACUUAAGAGGAAAGAGGAAAAAGAGACUUUGUCCAAUUUGUAUCAAUGAAGUCCGGAGAGCAGACCAACCGAAGAGGCCGGGGGAUUGAAUUGAAUUGAAUUGAAUUAUCCAACUCAACGCGUUUUGGCGCAAUAAAAUUUCCCAAACCAAAAAAACCCAUCACACUAGCAACCAUGUUCCAAUUUGAUUCAUUUUCUUUUUAAUUUCUAUUGACAAGUCUUCGUACUUACCAGACAAAACCCACCCAUAAGCCUCACCGAUUCUCUUUCUUCUUCUCUUCUUCAAGCAACCUGCUCAACCGGAGCUCGACUCCUCAUCUACUUUGUCCUCAGCUAUGUCUUUAUUGCUUAUCGUUUUCUUUUCUCUGCUUAAAGAUCUACACCCCCUUUGAUUUUUUCCUACAUGGGUCGAUGAAUUUCUUUCAGGAGUUCAAUUCUUUGUUGAUUACCUCUUUUGAUUUAUGGGUUUGUAUCUGGAUUUGAUUCUGGGUUGUGCUAAUUAGUUUCUAGGAAGAGUUUGGGGAGUUUGGUGAUGUGGAUUUUGUUGUUCAUCUUCAGAUUUGAUUAGAAACAAGGAUUGAGGCAUUGACUUUUGUACUUUACUUGUUUACUUUUCUUUAUCUUUUGGAUUCAUCUCCUUUCUGAGUGUUUACUUUGCUAUUCGAUUGCUCUGCCAUUUUUGUACCAAUUAGUGGUUCUCAAGUUUUGGGGAUGAUUCUGAUUCUGAUUCUGAUUCUUGAUUCUGUUUGAUGUUGUAUAUGGUUAUUUGAUUGUAAUUCUGCGGUCACUUACUUUAUGAGCUUAGACCCAAGUCUUUGUUUCGUUUAUCCUACCGAGAUUUCAGUGUCUUAUUUUGGGGGUUGACUUGGAGAAUUGUGUAUUGAGGUUUUGAAGAUCGGAUCUUAAUUAGUUUGGUGUCAAAUUGUCAUAGAAUCAAUCACAUCACAUAGAAUUGGAAUGUGUUAUUGUGCUUGAAUUGAGGAAGUUGCUGGAAGGUUUUUGAGCUGUAUUGAUGGGGAAUACUUGUGUAGGACCAAGUAUUUCAAAGAAUGGAUUCUUUCAAUCUGUGUCUGCUGCUAUGUGGCGAUCUAGAUCUCCCGAGAACUCAGUUUCUCAUCAUACUAAUGGAGAAAGUGUGCAUGAGGUAGCAGCUAGGGAAACCGAAUCGCCUUUGCAGGUUCAAAACCAACCCCCUGAAAAAGUGACAAUGCCAGAAUCAGAAGCCAAACCGGAACCGCCCUCGGAACCUAAGGUACGCCCUAACCCUGUUAUGAAGAGAGUAGGUAGUGCCGGGCUUCGGGGUGGUUCAGUUCUACAGACAAAAACUGGAAACUUUAAGGAAUAUUACAGCUUGGGCAAGAAACUAGGUCAAGGACAAUUUGGGACUACAUAUAUGUGUGUGGAGAAGGCAACUGGGAAAGAGUAUGCUUGUAAGUCAAUUGCAAAGAGGAAGUUGGUCACUGAAGAUGAUGUUGAAGAUGUGAGAAGGGAAAUUCAGAUAAUGCACCACUUGGCCGGACACGCGAACGUUAUAUCGAUCAAGGGGGCUUAUGAGGAUGCAGUUGCAGUUCAGGUAGUUAUGGAGUUAUGUGCUGGUGGUGAGCUAUUUGAUAGGAUCAUUCAACGUGGACAUUAUACUGAAAGAAAGGCUGCUGAGCUUACUAGGACCAUAGUUGGGGUUGUGGAGGCAUGUCAUGCUCUUGGAGUAAUGCACCGAGACCUUAAGCCCGAGAAUUUUCUCUUCGUCAGCAAGGAGGAGGAGUCACUUCUCAAAACAAUUGAUUUUGGACUAUCAGUGUUUUUCAAACCAGGUGAAAAGUUUAACGAUGUGGUCGGGAGUCCAUACUAUGUUGCACCUGAAGUUUUGCGGAAGCGCUAUGGUCAUGAAGCCGAUGUUUGGAGUGCUGGAGUAAUUGUCUACAUUCUGUUGAGUGGAGUGCCUCCCUUUUGGGCUGAAUCCGAGCAAGGGAUAUUUGAAGAGGUCCUGCACGGGGACCUGGACUUCUCUUCUGACCCUUGGCCCAGCAUCUCCGACAGUGCGAAAGAUUUGGUGAGAAGAAUGCUUAUUCGAGACCCAAAAAAGAGACUGACUGCAUAUGAAGUUUUGUGUCACCCUUGGGUUCAAGUUGACGGUGUGGCUCCUGACAAGCCACUUGAUUCAGCAGUCUUGACUCGCUUGAAGCAGUUUUCAGCCAUGAACAAGCUAAAGAAAAUGGCGAUCAAGGUCAUUGCAGAGAGCUUAUCUGAAGAAGAAAUUGCUGGCCUCAAAGAAAUGUUCAAGAUGAUAGACACAGACAACAGCGGUCAAAUCACAUUUGAAGAACUCAAAGCUGGAUUGAAAAAAUUUGGAGCUAAUCUUAAGGAGUCUGAAAUUUACGACCUAAUGCAAGCAGCAGAUAUCGAUAACAAUGGAACCAUUGACUAUGGUGAGUUCGUAGCUGCCACAUUGCAUCUAAACAAAAUCGAGAAGGAAGAUCAUCUUCUAGCAGCUUUUUCGUAUUUUGACAAGGAUGGAAGUGGGUUCAUUACGCACGACGAACUUCAACAAGCAUGUAAAGAGUUUGGGAUAGAGGAUCUUCAAUUGGAAGAAAUGAUGCACGAAGUCGAUCAAAACAAUGAUGGAACAAUCGACUAUAACGAGUUCGUGGCAAUGAUGCAAAAAGGAAAUGUAACCAAUGCUGGCAAGAAAGGUCUCCAAAGUACUUUCAGCAUUGGCUUUAGGGAGGCUUUAAAACUUUAGUGUUCUAUGUAAAGGUACCAUUAAAGUUUAGUUUCUUUAUUGUUCUUGCCUGCAAAUUACUGUAGCAAGGAGUCGGGGCUGCUCGCCUGCUCGCUCGUAUGCAUUUGAAACCAGGUCAUUCAUUUCGAUCUCUUCCUUCUUCCCUAGUUCUCAACGAGUUUUCUUGGCCAGAAUCAACCUAGCACUUCAGAAUACUAUGCAGAGAAAAAGGCAUAUAUUUUUUCUUCUUUUUUCCCUUUCAUUGUUUUGUAACAUUAUGAAAGACUUUUGAUGAGCAAUGAAAAUUUGAAUUCUGAUUUAA